AUGGCAGCUGCAGCAACAUCAAAACCCUUGGAAUUUGCACUUGCCAUUCUUCAGUCAGCAGUAGACCAAGCCAAAAAUACACAUGCAUAUCUGUCCAAACCCAAACGAAAGCUCAGCCCACAAGCUAUUCAGGCUUAUAAUGAUUGCAAAACCAAUUGGGAAAAUUUGGCUAGUGGAUUGGAAAGGAGUCUCGAGACUAUUAAAAAGGAUAAAGGCUAUGCUACUGAUACAUCAGACUAUGAUCUUAUGAUUCACCUUGACGAUGCCACAAGUUGUGCAACUGCGUUAGACAAGGCACAAAUUCAAGAUCAUGUAAUAGCAAAAGGGAAAGAAAAUGCGCUGCUGGCAGUAGGUGCUGCGAACACCAUUCUCGGGUGGAUAAAGCCGCCCAAAAAGCUGGACUAG